CAAAGGCUCCCAGGCUGGGAGCCUGCCUAGGUCCUCUGCCCUCUGUGCCUGUCUGCACCAGGGUGAAGUGGCCAGAGUGGAAACCUCAGACCUGGCUGCCCCCAGGAGACCCCAAUAUCCACUCCUCACAGCUGAGACUCCCUGAACAGUGGCAUGAGGUGGGCAGAGACGAACGUGCCUCUCAGGGCUCCGCUUCUGCUGUUGGGGCUGUGGGCGCUCCUGGGUCCAGUCCAGGGCCUCCUCGGCCGCCCCUCGUGGCGCUACAUCUCUGCUGAGGUGGUGGUUCCCCGGAGGCACACGCACUAUGGCAAAGGCCUUCGGGUGCCUGGCUGGCUCUCCUACAGCCUGCACUUUGGGGGCCAGAGGCACAUCAUCCAUCUGCGGAGAAAAACACAGUUCCUCGCCAGACAUCUGCUGCUGCUGACGCAGAAUGACCAAGGUGCCUUGCAGAUGGAGUACCCCUACUUCCCUCUGGACUGUAACUACCUCGGCUACGUGGAAGGAGUUCCUCACUCGGUGGCCAACAUCGACACAUGCUACGGAGGCCUGGAAGGCAUCAUCAAGCUGGAUGACCUCACCUAUGAAAUCAAGCCCCUCAAGGAUUCUCUCGCUUUUGAGCACAUCGUGUCUCAGAUAGCGGUGGACGCCAAUGCAACGGAGCCUAGAUACAGAGCCACCGAGAAGGAGCACUCAUUGUUCGAUGGAGCCAAUAUCACUGCAAGCCCCAGGAUCCCUAGUAAAGUGUAUCUAUUCCAUCCCUUUGGCAUAUCGGGCCAUCUUCAAUGUACCAACGUGGUGUUCAAGAGACAUGGCAAUGUCACAGUUUGCGUGAAAUAUAUGAUGACACUGGCUGGUGUGGUUCAAGCAAUACUUGAAAAUCUAUCUGCGAGGUACACUGUGACUGUUUUGAGUGUAUAUGAUAAGGCAGAUCCAGUGCCAAUCAUGGACUUUAGGGUGCCAGACGGUCCUUACGCUCAGUUCUUCACGAGGGUCAUCUAUAAGAAAUGGCCAUGCUCUUCAACCUUCGUGAUACUUAUUCCAGGACCUUACGAAUUGGAUGUUGCUCCACCCAAGUAUAGCAUAUGCAGUGAUCGGAACCUGGUCUAUCUUGGUGUGAGGGACAGACAUGUAUUCCUAGUAUCUGUCGUAGGGGCACAGCAGAUUGGGAGAUCUUUUGGUCUAGAAUACGAUUCACGCUAUUGCCAGUGCCAGAGAAGGGCCACCUGCGUAAUGAACAAGCAUCCUGUGCUGACAGAUGCGUUCAGUAACUGCUCCUAUGUGGACCUGGCACACGCAUUUUCACAGGACUCCGUGCUGUGCCUGUAUGAUCCAAACUUUACAUAUUUUAAUAUGAGCUAUACAAAGCACAUUUGCGGGGACAGAAAAACGGAAGGAGAGGAGCAGUGUGAUUGCGGAUCCUUCAAGCGGUGUUAUGCCAACCCGUGUUGUGAGAGUUCCUGUCGCUUUACGCCCGGCAGCGUUUGUGAUGGGCAAACCUGCUGCAGGAACUGCACCUAUGCCCCAGCGGGGACGCUCUGCAGAGCCAUGCUCAAUAUAUGCGACCUUCCAGAGUACUGUCCUGGAAACACAGUCUUGUGUCCAGAAAACCUGUAUCUACAAAAUGGAUCCCCGUGCACUGAAGAGGGCUACUGUUAUCAUGGAAAUUGUACUGACCGCACCAUGCACUGCAGAGAAAUCUUUGGAAGAAAUGCUAGAAACGGUGAUGAUAUCUGCUAUCAAAUAAAUACAAAAGCCAACAGAUUUGGGUUUUGUUAUAGGAGAUAUGGAGCACUCACUUUCGCAGCUUGUGGAAUAAACGAUAUUCCCUGCGGAAGGCUGCAGUGUGGCAACGUCACCCACCUACCCCGGGUGGAUGAACAUGUUUCAUUCCAUCAGUCUAAGUAUGAAGACUCUUGGUGUUUUGGACUAGAUGAACACUGUGGUGCAAACGCUAUUGACCUUGGAUUUGUGCGAGCUGGUACUCCCUGCGGUCCGGGAAAAUACUGCAGUCAUCAUCGCUGCAGUAGCUCUGUGCAAUCAAUCAACUACGACUGUAAACCACAGAAGUGUGAUUUUAAGGGAGUCUGCAACAACAAGAGGCAAUGUCAUUGUCACAUAGGUUGGGCUCCUCCACGGUGCCUAAAGAGAGGUGCCGGGGGGAGUGAGAGCAGUGGACCACCUCCAAGAACAGUGCGGAAAAUCACACAGAACCCUGAGCCAGUGCAUUAUUUGAGAAUCCUCUUCGCUCGCAUUUAUGCGUUCAUAGCAGCGCUGCUCUUUGGGGUGGCCACAAAUGUGCAAACUAUCAGGACUGCCACAGUUCGGGAAGUAAGACAGCCUCAGCCAGCUUAAAAGAAGUCAGCAUCCUGCCCCUAUAAAGCCACGGGGGGUUGGGGGGGGCCGGCACCUGGGAGGAAUCGCAAGAGAAGAUGGCAAAGCCUCAAGCCCUGGAGGGCCACACAAGCCUCCAGGGGCCUGAGUGCACGUGGGGGAAGAUGGGAGGCGUGGGCUCUGUGGACGUCAGCUGUUCCUCGAGAGGCUGCAGAUGCUCACCGUGGAAUGAAUCCAAAAUAAAACCUUCC